AUGCCCAGAGACCUUAUCAGCAGAGAAAAACAAGUUCCCAGUCAUCACGAUGGCCCUACAAGAACAUGCCUUGCAAAGGAUCUCCUUCAUUGCUCUCCAGAAGAGGAGAAGAGGAAACACAAGAAGCGCCUGGUGCGGAGCUGCAGUUCCUACUUCAUUGAUGUAAAAUGCCCAGGGUGCUAUAAAAUCUCACCGGUCUUCAGCCAUGCACAAACGGUAAUCUUGUGUGUUAGCUACUCCACGGUCCUCUGUCAGCCUACAGGUAGAAAAGCAAGGCUGACAGAAGGAUGCCCUUUCAAGAGGAAACAGCACUGA